CUGGAGGCCAAGGUAGGGCAGGACUCUGUUCAGGCCUCCUGUAUAAUAUAAAGAUCUGCUGUCUGGUUAGGACUCAAGUAAAAUAGUUCUUCUGAGUUUUUUGAAAAUAGCUGUGUUCGUGUAAGACAACACCGAGGGUACAUUAACCCAGUGUCAGCCUGCCAGCUUGUUGAACUACCGGUUCGACAUGAAGGUUAAACCAAAUAUAGAAAAAUAGCUACUGGUUUAAAGUUACGUUGCAGGGCUUACUGGCCGAUGCAUAUUUUAUUAUUUAGUAUUACAAGCCAGUAACAGUUAUACAUAUAUGAUAUUUAAAUGAAAAUUACAAACAGAUAUAAACACAACGAUGAAGAAAUGUGUUAUAUAAAUUCAAACGGAACGUUCUACAUUAAACAAACCGAGAAACUACAUAUAUUAAUAUAUACAAAUGUGAAAAAAGUACGAAAACACAUCUAUUGUGUCGGCCGCAUGACGUCAUCACCCAGCGCCCAUCCAGCGGGACAACCGUGGCAUUUGAAACAACCGCAUCUGCAGCUGCACUGAAAAGAGGCUCUUUUUGCACCGCGAUCUCCGUCUACAGAGAGAUCCAAAAUGAUCGACACGAUCGAGAAGGAGGACCCGGUCAUCAGCGAGGAGGAGGCGGCCCAGUACGACCGCCAGAUCCGUCUGUGGGGGCUAGAUGCACAAAAGAGAUUACGAGGGUCCCGCGUGCUCCUGGCAGGUUUAGGUGGUCUGGGGGCUGAAGUGGCCAAGAACUUAAUUUUGGCUGGAGUUAAAGGGCUCACUUUGCUGGACCAUGAAAAGGUGUCGGAGGAGUCAUGUCGAGCCCAGUUCCUGGUUCCAGUGACGGCUCGGGGUCAGAAUCGAGCCCAGGCCUCCCUGGAGCGCGGGCAGAACCUCAACCCGAUGGUGAAGGUCCUCGCAGACCAAGACCGAGUCGAAGACAAGCCAGACGACUUCUUCCUGCAAUUCGAUGCGGUGUGUCUGACAGGCUGCUCCAGAGACCUGAUGGUGCGGGUCGACCAGCUCUGUUCUAAGCACAACAUCAAGGUCUUCUGUGGGGACGUCUAUGGUUACUAUGGCUACAUGUUCUGCAACCUCGGAAAAGAGCACAACUACGUUGAGGAGAAACCCAAACUGGUGAAACCAACUGGAAACGACGGCCCAGAGGCGAAGAAGGCCAAAGUCGACCCCAACGAGACCACCAUGGUGAAAAAGACGGCCAGCUUCUGCCCUCUGAAGGAAGCUCUGGAGGUCGACUGGACAACUGAGAAGGCCAAAGCCGGGAUGAAGAAGACGCCAGUGGACUACUUCAUGCUUCACGUUCUGUUGAAGUUUCGCACCGACAAAGGCCGCGACCCCGACCCGCAGUCCUACCCGGAGGACAGUCGGCUCCUGAGGCAGAUCCGAGACGACGUCCUGGAGGCCUUGGAAGUGAGCGCCGACCUCCUGAAUGAUGACUUCAUCAGCUACUGCUUCUCUGAGAUGUCUCCGGUGUGCGCAGUCGUGGGAGGAGUUCUGGGACAGGAAGUUGUCAAGGCUCUCUCCCAGCGAGACCCUCCUCACCGGAACUUCUUCUUCUUCGACGGUCGUAAAGGCAACGGCGUGGUCGACUACUUUGGACCAAACUAAACCGUUUUACACACCGUGAAGUCCAGCAGAUGUCUUUUCAUUAGUUUGUCCUGUCAGAUUAUUUAUACCGGUUCUCGUUCCACUACUCUUAAAGUUAGUCUGUUGUUUAAAUGUUUUGGGUAUUUGAUCUUUGUUUUUUACAUUUGCUAAUAAAACAUUAAGUGAAAUGU